GGGGGUCGGGGAUGACGCCGGAGAUCCAGAAGAGAAAGUGACGGAGGGGGAGGGGUCGGACAGAACAGGAGGGAGUAAAGACAUCGCUGCACGUAGACGCCGGGAAUAGACAGAGAGCGAUACUUGGGAGUCUCCUCCGAACGCACCGGCGCAGAGACAGAACAGGAGCAGCAUCAGGUGAGGCCCCGGCAGCUUCUAAUGAGCCACAAGUGAGCGGAUCCAUCCGCGGGGCUCGUGUUCCUCCGCCGCAUCCGAGAGACAAGAGAGACUCGGGGAGGUGCAGAACUGUGCGGCCCCCGUCUCAGAAGGAACAUCUUCUCUUACCCAGCCCCCCAAAGGCCAUCGCUCACUGCCAAGUCCCGGGAUACUGUUUCAGCCAAGGAGCCGGCAAGUGUGGGUGGUUGACUUUAUCCAUCCCCAAUCUAAAAUUAGGCACCCCUGAGGAUCAGCAGGGGGAUCGUAUGACAACUUCUAGGGUGGUGGCAGAGAGGAGAAGACGUCACCAGGGUGGGAAUUAGAGAAGAAGUGGGGAUUUCUGGAGGGGAGAGAAAUAAUACGAAGGAAGGAAUGUUCUUCUGCUCAGCAAAAAGGGGACGAGAGACAAUGUAGCAGAGCAGGAAACCAAAGAAGGUCCAGAAGAAGAAAGAGAAGACUAAAGGGGAAAUCUCUCCAAGAACCCUGAGCCCCGUUGGCCCUGCAGACGCCCACUAGGGUUCCUAUGAAAAGAGAAGACAUGGACUUGUGGGUGCUAAUGUUGUUAUGUCUCACAGCAGUGUCAUCCUGCUGGGCUGGUUGUGUGGAGGUGGAAUCAGAGACAGAAGCUGUGGUGGGACAUGAGUUUAAGAUCCGGUGCAUCUCGUGUAAGAAACGAGGAGAGACCAAAGCCAUCACCUUUGUCGAGUGGUUCUUCAGGACCAAAGAUGAAGAUGCAUUCAGUUUGAUCUAUUUAUACCAAAAAGAUGCCCCCGAUAUCAAAGACGAACGCUACGAUGGGCGCAUCUUAUGGAGUGGGAGCAACCAUACGGAAGACCUACAGGACGUGUCGAUACAGAUCACAAACGUCACGAUGGAAGACGCAGGAGAAUAUAUGUGCAAGGUCAACCGAACCCUCGAGUUCCAGAACCACUAUUACAACGUCAACGUCAGCAAGUUCAUCCAGGUCACAGUGGUGCCCACAGCCAAUCGGGACAUCGCCUCCAUAGUGUCCGAGAUUAUGAUGUACGUCCUCAUUGUGGUCUUAACAAUAUGGCUGGUGGUGGAGAUGAUCUACUGUUAUAAGAAGAUAGCGGCAGCCGGGGAAGAGACUGUGCCGGAGAAUGCAUCGGACUAUUUAGCAAUAACAACUGAAACUAAAGACAACUGCUUGGGCGUCCAGGCUCAGGAAUAGCCCAAGCUUUGGCUCGUGACUCAGGAUGGCCAGCUGGGUGAGCGAGUGAAGAGGGUGGAGCCUAGCGAGGUCGGCCUGAAAAACUGUAACGGGUCAAAACCACAAAGAUGUGCCGAACCCCUUCCCUUAACCCCUUCACUUCCAGUCCAUGCCGCAGGUGCUUUUGACGUCACUCACACUUUGUGCACCAAAGACUGGCUUUGGGGAUACUUUAUGCUGAGCCUUCUGAACCCCCUUCUUUUCAACACGCCAGCAGGGAAGGUGUUAAGGAUGCCAUGCAUGAGGCUUCCAGGCCAAAUCAGAACAGGUUGUGGCCACCCAUCAGGUUUUGUUUUGCUUUUUAAAUUUGCAGUUUUUGUUUGCGGUUCAGAAAGAAUUUGCCUCCUUUGUUUCUUAUGGAAGGUCGGGGAGGGUGACUUUAUGCAAAAAUCAACCCCCAGGGGUUCUUGUGUGGAACAUGUAACCUCCCCCGUGAGACUUUUUCUUCAGUGGAAACAUACGUCCGUUAUUUUCUGCACUGGCCAACAACAUGUUGCAGACGUGCCUGGCACCAAAGGAGUUAAUGCCCCACUUGUAGCCACCACUACAGGGACUGAUCCUCCCUGGAACUGAGCUACUCUUUUCCUUUAGGAUUUGCUGCUCUUUUAAUAACCUCUCUCUCACCUGCCCUGUAUGGGGGAAACUUUGGGGCAGGGGGGAAGAGGGUUCAAGGACAUUUUUAUUAAAAAGCAUGUUAUCUAUUUUUAAUACAGAAUUAAAAAAAAAAAGAGGUAAUUUUAGAUUAUAAUAUGUAUGAUUGAAUGAGAAAGAUUUGAACCAGCCAUCCCUCUCUAGAUGGCUCUUCAUAACGGCCAGAGGAACGAGAAAAGCAAAGGACAAUGCCCUUGACAUUCAAAGGGUUAAUCACAACAAUGGGUGCAGUUUAUAAUAGUUUACUUUUGUAAUAAGCCAUGUUCGAUCCAGUGAAUUGUAUGAAAGAAUACUACACUGGAUUUCUGGGGGAAGGACUUUUCAGGUGCACGCAUCACUUCCUGUUCAGCAUGCUGUGUUAUAUUGUGUAAAUUUAUAGAUGGAACAGACGAGUGCCAGGGAAAAUUCCUUCCCCCAGCCUGCUGACAAUAAUUCUGCUCUUUAAACAGAUAUUAAAGUCGAUUAACAUGUUAAUAUGAAUAUUGGGACUCCCUGAGGGGGAUGUGAUACAUUUGCCCCUCAAGAAAAGUGUUAGUUUGUAGAUUAUUGAGAUUAUUCAAUUCAGAAGUAUUGGAUUGGAUAUAAUGGAUUGGCACAAGUUUAUAUAUAUAUCUUUGUCAAACAAAGUCAUAACGCAGGUCCUGUGAACAAACAUCCAUAAUACAAAAAGUACGAACCCUCACAACAAAUACAUGUGAAAUCCCACGUUUCUAAUCCAUGUUCAUGAUUUUUACUGGUUUUUAAGACGGCAGCAUUUUUUUAACACUGCUUAUAUAACGAAUGUUUGUUAGUUAGUAAGAAGAGUUUUUUUUCCCUCUUCUCACCGACUUAAUUUUCUGCCAAAUGCAGUCACACAGCAGGUUACCUUAAUUAAUUUUGAGGGCAUCCUUUUCAGUAAUAGGGCCUUAAAAUGACCAUACACGGGCAGAUUAAAGAUGCCGAUAUCAGUCCUUUAGACCAAUUCGGCAUCUUAUCUGUACAUGUGUGGGGGUGACCAAGGGGUCUCCCCGAUCGAUAUCUGGCCAUAAAUCUGCAUGAUAUCGAUCGUGCAGGUUUGUUUUUUUCCCGUGAUCAAGGACCGCAUCGGAUAGUUCAUACCGUCCUACAAUGUCGGCACCCAUUUCCUUCGUAUAAUCCGAUCGUUUGGCCCUAGGGCACAAUUUUGGAUUAACUCGAUAUCGGUUAAUAACACAUCAGUUAACAGUGCUGCUCCAGCAGAAUUCUGCACUGAAAUCCAUUUCUCAAAAGAGCAAACAGAUUUUUUUUAUAUUUAAUUUUGAAAUCUGACAUGGGGCUAGACAUAUUGUCAGUUUCCCUGCUGUCCCCAGUCAUGUGACUUGUGCUCUGAUAAACUUCAGUCACUUUUUACUGCUGUACUGCACUUAAUAGACUUUGGUUGUCCCACUGUCCAAACCUGAUGUCAUUCAGAGGUGCUAGUUAGGCUUAUGGUUAAGUGCCGGACGGCACGAAACGCGUAAAGCUAUGUAUUGAUUUAUUUUUUGCCCUAAAAUAAAGUUUUCAGUUCUU